AUGAGUCCUGGGGAGAACCAAUGCUUGCUCAUGGAAAUGAAAUCUGGUAUGGAAUUCACACCCUCAGGAGAAGAUGCUUUGUUGCCAGCACCUCAGAGUAUCUCCAUUCUUUCAACCAACAUGAAACACUUCUUAACUUGGAGUCCUGUGAUCGUCCAGGGAGCAACUGUGAGAUAUUCAGUUGAGUUUCAAGGGGAAUACGAGCGGGAAUACGCCAACGGGAGCUGGAUCCCCAUCUCCGAGUGCUCCCUCACCACAGCCACCAUCUGCAACCUCACCGAGGACAUCUCAGCCUCCGUGGCCUACAAGCUGCGUGUCAGGGCAGAGCUCGGUGCCACCAGGUCACAGUGGGGCACCACCAAAGGCUUCUUCAACCGCGCCAUGACUUCCCUGACCCCACCCCUGCUGAGGGCUGUGGCAGAUGGACACCAUUUGCUGGUGGAGCUGGCAGACAUGGGACCCUCCUUCCAGUUCCGGGUGCUUUACUGGAGGAAGGGCCAGGAGAGCAGGGUGCAGCAGAAGGUGCUGAAGGAGGUGAGCUCCGUGGUUCACCUGGACACCAUGGAGGCAGGAGCUGAGUACUGUGUGAAGGCUCAGACGCACGUCGAGGCCAUCAACAGGAGCAGCAGCUUCAGCCCCACACAGUGUGUGAGGGCUCAGGGUGACAGAUCCGUGUGGCUGGUUACUGCCCUCAUCUCCUCUGCUGGCUUUGCUGUGGCAGCUUUGACCCUGCCUUUCCUUACCUGGAAAAUAAGUAAAAUCUUCCAAUAUUCCUGCUGCCCCGCAGCUGUCCUGCCAGACACACUGAAGGAAUCAGAGCCCCCCACCCAGCUGAUCCUGCAGGGCAGUGAAGAAGCUGAGCAAUGUGACCUGAUGGUGGUUGUGAUGCCCUCAGAAGAAGUUCUCCAGCAGUGGAUUCAAAAAGCACUUUAGAGCAGCCCAGAAAACAAACAGCCCCUUUGUAGCAUCUUCAUCCAUCUUCAUCAAAAGCAAGUAAAGGUGGCACUGCCAGUUCCUGUCCUUGUCCUUCAUACCCUUACCCAGGAGCAGACAUAGGGUGACCCACGCCCCCUUUUUCAGCCACACUGCGGCUCCCAAGGCACAGCUGACCAGAGCAACGCCUGGAGAGCCCAGUCCCUUGCUCCAAAUCAUUUCAGCCUCAGUGUUGUACCUCAGUAAGAGCUUCUUACGUGGCUAAGCCAGCUGGAAUGACCAGGGGGGAAAAUGCAGACCCUGAAGUGAGGUCAUGUUCUUUGAAAAGGGCAUGAGGGGACGUGGCAUCCCAAUCUGUACAUGUGACAGUCACAGUGCUGGUGCCACCAAAACUUGCAGACAGCACCAUGAGGGAUGCCUGGCUUUCGCCAGUGCUUUGGAAGGAGUGCUGUGGG